UAUGUUAUCCCGAACGAUCUUCUCCUUUCUAUCUAACCGGGACCCACUCUUCUAUCUCUUUUCACCCUUUCUUCUCCUAUCCUCUCUCUGGCUCACAACUCACCAAGUCCUCUCUUCUCCUUCAAUUCCAACUUGAGAAACUAUCUUCCCACGAAAGAGCUUCGGUCUUUUCGUUUUUGUAUCUGUCUCUGUGUGCUAGUUUCUAGGCCUUUUGUUCUGAUUACUCUUGAGUCGGUGUUUUUCGAUUUCAACUUUUCGGCGAGAUCUGAUCGUAGCCGGUGGUGGUGUGUUAAUAAGUGUGAUUAGUUGGCUGUUAUCUUCAUUUCUUACGAUUUUUAGGUCAAAUCAUUGGCGAUAAUUAGGUUUUUAGUGAGAGAUUUGUUAGGGUUUGAAGCAAAAGGGGGUUUGGGGUUUGGGUGAUGAAGAGAGGGAAAGAUGAAGAGAAGAUACUGGAACCAAUGUUUCCACGGCUUCACGUGAACGAUGCAGACAAAGGAGGAGGGCCUAGAGCUCCUCCAAGAAACAAGAUGGCUCUCUAUGAGCAACUCAGCAUCCCUUCUCAGAGGUUCAACGAUCGUACUAGUGCUUCCUUUCCCCGUAACACGUCCACCACUUUGGUCUCUCCUGGACCAUCUAACCAGGCUUGUGGCGUGGAAAGGAACUUAACUGGCCGAGCAACUGACAACUUUGUCUCGCAAAUGCCAUUGAUGGAAAAUGUGCGGACUUCUUCAUCACAACAGCGUGGUGACCAGAGGAAAAUAGUCAGAGAGGAAGAUGAUUUCGCAGUUCCUGUUUUUGUUAACUCGAGAAGAUCCGGCAGAAGCAGCAACAAGAGUGGCAUUGACAAGGAGAAAGACACCACCUCAAAACGAGGUGGCUUGGCAUCGAGUAGUGGCCGAGUAGAUGGUUGUGAAACGACGACACGAGUGGUGGGCGUUAAUAAUGGAGUUGAGUCUCAUAUGGCAUCAGAAGAAGAAGAAGAAGAAGAAGAAGAAGGUCAUAGUGGAGGAUACACCUCUCUGCAGCAGAUAAAUGAAGAAGAGGCAAGUGAGGAUGUUUCUGAUGAUUCCAUGGUAGAUUCUGUUUCUAGCGUCGAUGUCUCUCCCGAUGACGUUGUGGGAGUGUUGGGUCAAAAACGUUUCUGGAGAGCAAGGAAAGCUAUUGCCAAGGAGGGGACAUUCUGUGUUGACGUACAUAGUGCAAGUCAACAAAGAGUAUUUGCUGUUCAACUGUUUGAGCUGCACAGAUUGAUUAAGGUUCAAAGACUAAUUGCUGCAUCACCGGAUGUUUUGCUGGAUGACAUUAGUUAUCUUGGAAAAGUUGCUGCUCCAGUGAAGAAGCUCCUUCCAUCAGGGUUUAUAGUAAAGCCUCCUCUUCCACAGGCUAUCAAACGCAGAAGCAGCGACUCGGAGAAAACUGACCAAAACAAAAUGGAAUGCUCAGCUGAGAACGUAGUUGGGAGGCUGUCAAACCAAGGUGAUCACCAUCAUCAUCAACCUUCCAACUACAUGCCUUUUGCGACCAACCAACCCGCUGCAAAUGGAUGUUACUAUCCUCCUCCUCAUCAGCCUCAGCCUCAGCCUCAGCCUCUUCCUUCUGGAGGAAACCAGCAAUGGUUGAUCCCUGUAAUGUCUCCUUCGGAAGGGCUGAUAUACAAGCCGCACCCAGGUCCGGGGCACACAGGGCCCGUCUGUGGAGGGUAUUAUGGUCAUUUCAUGCCUGCACCGAUGGUCAUGGGUAGUUUCAUGGGUGGUGGUGGUGGUCAGCCUCCUCCGUUUCACCCGGGCAUGGGAUUCCCAUCUCAUGGUAAUAAUGGCUACUUCCCUCCAUAUGGUAUCAUGAUGAACCCUUACUAUUCCGGACAACAACAACAACAACAACCACCCAGUGAGCAAAUGAACAACAACAUCCAACAACAGAGCUCAGUGAAUGAAGCGGCUUCACAACAACAACAACAACAGCCAACGAAAUCUUAUCCUCGGGCUAGAAAGAGCAGGCAAGGGAGCACGGGAAGUAGUCCAGAGGGAAUAAUCUCUGGUAAGAAGAACUCCUUCCGACCAUUCUCAGCGGCGGACAAGAUCAACAGUGCACCUGAGGAAAUGAUGACGACAACCACAACCACAACAACAACUGUUACUCAGACAACAAGAGAUGGAGCAGGAGUGACGAGAGUGAUCAAGGUGGUUCCUCACAACGCGAAUCUGGCGAGUGAGAACGCUGCAAGAAUUUUCAGGUCAAUACAAGAAGAGCGUAAACAGUAUGACGACGCUUUCGCUGACUACCCUUAAGCCUCUCUCUUUUCUUCUUCUAUCCUAUUUUUAGUAAAAUUGUGUUGUUAAUGCAUUUUAAACUGUGAUAGAGAUGUUACUCUCCAAAUUUGUAUAAUAUUAACGUAUGAAAAGCUUGGAUGUCUAUUAUAUUAAAGUCUUGUAACCAUUUGGAACACA